AUGGCAGCUAAGUUCUUCGCCGUCCUCGCUCUCGCCGCCGUGGCAUCCGCCCUUCCCGUUGUGCCACUCGCUAAGGUGGCCUACGAAGCGGAAGCUCCAGCCCACUACGAGUUCCAAUACUCAGUCCACGAUGAACACACCGGCGACAUCAAACAACAGCAGGAAUCCCGUGCUGGAGACGCUGUCCACGGCUCCUACUCUCUGGUCCAGCCAGACGGAGUUCACCGCAUUGUAGAGUACACUUCUGACCACGAAAACGGUUUCAACGCUAACGUCCGUUACGAGGGCACCCCAAUCCCAGCCCCGGCUCCCGCUAAGGUGGCAUAUGCCGCCCCCAUCGCUAAAGUGGCAUAUGCCGCACCAGUCGCUAAAGUCGCAUAUGCUGCCCCCGUCGCUAAAGUAGCUUACGCUGCUCCCGUCUCCUACGCCGCACCUGUAGCCCACUACUCUGCCCCAGUCGCCCACUACUCCGCUCCAGUGGCUCACUACUCCGCCCCAGUUGCUCACUACUCAGCACCAGUCGCCCAAUACGCUGCUCCCGUAGCCAAGGUCGCCUACAGCGCCGCCCCAGCUCUUACUCAAGUCACCUUCUCAUCCCCCGCCGUUUCCUACCACCACUAG